AUGAUGAAUUUGUUGUUUUUUUUCACACUUUUGACUACUUCAGUUAUAGUAAUUCCAGUGUUUUCUGUUGAUGAUCCUGUUUUCAAUGAUGAUAUACUUGGUUUAAUAGUGUUUAAAGCUGGUUUACAAGACCCUAAUCACAAACUAUCUUCAUGGAAUGAUGAUGAUUUCACACCAUGCAAUUGGGAAGGUGUGAAAUGUGAUGCUUCCAACAAUAGAGUCACUUCUCUUGUUCUUGAUGGUUUCUCUCUUUCAGGACACAUUGAUAGAGGCUUAUUGAGGUUACAGUUUCUUCAAACUUUAUCACUUUCUGGUAACAAUUUCACAGGUUUCAUAAACCCUGAUCUUCCAAAGCUUGGAGGUUUAGAAGCUGUUGAUUUCAGUGAUAACAAUCUUCAAGGGUCAAUUCCUGAGGAGUUUUUUCAGCAAUGUGGAUCUUUGAAAAAUGUUAACUUUGCUAAGAAUAAUCUCUCAGGUAAUGUUCCUGAUUCUCUUAGUACUUGUGCAUCUUUGACAAAUGUUAACUUUUCUUGUAAUCAAAUUCAUGGAAAGUUGCCAUCUGAGGUUUGGUUUUUGAGAGGCUUAAAGUCUUUUGAUGUUUCAAAUAACUUGCUUGAGGGAGAGAUUGUUCCUGAGGGGAUUCAAAAUCUGUAUGAUUUGAGAGAAUUGAGUUUGAGGAAAAACCGAUUUACCGGUCGAAUUCCAGAGGAGAUUGGUGCCUGUGUACUUUUGAGAUCACUUGACUUGAGUGGUAAUUUUCUUUCUGGUGGAAUUCCUCAAUCAAUGCAAAGACUCAGUUCUUGUAAUUCUCUUAGUUUGCAAGGAAAUUCAUUCACUGGUAACGUUCCUGAUUGGAUUGGUGAGAUGAAAAGUCUCGAAAAUUUGGAUCUUUCUUCGAAUAGAUUUUCGGGUUUGAUUCCCAAGUCAUUAGGGAAACUAGAAAUGCUGCAAAGGUUGAAUUUUUCUAGGAAUCAGUUAACAGGAAACUUGCCCGAUUCGAUGAUAAAGUGUACUAGUCUUUCGGCUUUCGAUAUCAGUCAUAAUAAUUUGGAUGGUUAUCUUCCUUCGUGGAUUUUUACGGAGGGUAAUUAUCACGGUCUCGAGGUUUUGGAUUUGUCUUCCAAUGGAUUUUCUGGUGGAAUUCCGUCUGGUAUCAGCGGUCUUCGUAGCCUGAAAGUAUUGAAUAUGUCUUCGAAUAAUUUCUACGGUUCUGUUCCGGUCGGUAUUGGUGAACUCAAAUCUUUAUACAUUGUUGAUUUGAGUGGUAACAAACUUAAUGGAAGCAUUCCUUUUGAAAUCGAAGGCGCGGUUUUACUUAAUGAAUUGAGGUUACAGAAGAAUUUACUUCAUGGGAGAAUUCCAGAUCAAAUCGCCAAGUGUUCGGCUUUAACAUCUUUGGUUCUUUCUCACAACAAACUUUCUGGUUCAAUUCCUAAGGGCAUUGCAAACUUAACCAAUCUUCGGGAUGUGGAUUUGUCAUGGAAUAAACUCUCUGGAAGUUUACCGAAGGAGUUAACAAAUCUUUCGAAUCUUUUAUCGUUUAAUGUAUCCUACAACCACCUUCAAGGCGAGUUACCUGUCGGCGGUUUCUUCAACACCAUCUCAUCCUCGUCUGUAACCGGUAACUCAUUGUUGUGCGGUUCUGUUGUUAACCACUCCUGUCCUUCGGUUCAUCCCAAACCGAUUGUCUUGAAUCCGAACUCUUCUGCUUCCAACUCCAGCAUUUCCUCAAAAUAUCAUCGACACAAGAUCAUACUCAGUAUAUCUGCUCUUAUUGCUAUCGGCGCAGCUGCUUUUAUUGCCGUUGGUGUCGUCGCCAUCACGUUCCUAAACAUGCGCGCGCGUUCUUCAAUGGCACGUUCUGCUGCUCCAUUUGCGUUCUCCGGUGGCGAUGACUAUAGCAACUCGCCGGGAAAUGAUCCAAACUACGGCAAGCUUGUGAUGUUUUCCGGUGAUGCAGACUUUGCUGAUGGAGCUCACAAUCUCCUUAAUAAAGAGAGUGAAAUAGGCCGUGGUGGAUUCGGAGUUGUUUACCGGACUUUUCUACGAGACGGGCACGCUGUUGCGAUAAAAAAGCUUACAGUCACGAGUUUGAUCAAGUCCCAAGAAGAAUUCGAGAAGGAAGUGAAAAGGUUCGGGAAGAUUCGGCACGAUAAUCUUCUAGCACUCGAAGGCUAUUACUGGACUUCGUCGUUGCAGCUCCUCAUUUACAAGUACCAAUCAAGCGGUAGUUUGCAUAAGCUUCUACACGGCAAUAAAGACGAUAAAAGCAGAAACGUCUUAUCAUGGCGACAAAGGUUCAAGAUUAUUCUCGGCAUGGCAAAAGGGCUAGCACAUUUACACGAAUCGAACGUAAUCCACUAUAAUCUCAAAUCAGCCAACGUUCUCUUCGACGUUUCAGACGAACCAAAGAUAGGAGACUUCGGCUUGGUGAAGCUCUUACCAAUGCUAGACCAUUGCGUAUUAAGCAGCAAAAUCCAAAGUGCGCUCGGAUACAUGGCACCCGAGUUUGCUUGCCGCACAGUCAAGAUAACCGAGAAAUGUGACGUCUACGGUUUCGGAAUCCUUAUAUUGGAGAUAGUGACAGGUAAAAAGCCUGUGGAGUACAUGGAAGAUGAUGUUGUGGUGCUAUGUGACAUGGUGAGGGGUGCAUUGGAAGAAGGAAAAGUUGAAGAAUGUGUUGAUGAAAAGCUUUUAGGUAACUUUGCAGCUGAAGAAGCUAUUCCUGUGAUAAAACUGGGAUUGAUUUGUGCAUCACAGGUUCCAUCAAAUAGGCCUGAUAUGAGUGAGGUUAUCAACAUAUUGGAGUUGAUUCAGUGCCCUUCAGAAGGACAAGAGGAGUUAUUAGAAUGA